AUGGACGAAGAAGUUACUCCAAACACAAGAGGUCUGACAGCUGAAGCAUAUGAUCCUGCAAUACUGCCAGUCGAAAACUUAGAAGAAUUUUUCGAAGACGUGGAAUCUGAAUUUAAAGUUAUGAAAUCCUUCUCAGACCUGUUUGUCAAUGCUGAUGUUGACCUUCAAAAUUUUUGGGACACAAGACAAAGUCUGCUCAAGAUAGAUGAGGCAAAUGAAUUUGAUGGUCAAGAGUGGAGAAAAUUUGCAGAAAGAGGGUUUAGCGAAAGAAGGCACGAUGAAAGAGGAUUCAAAACUUUAGAUCCUAUGAAAUCAGGAGAGAAAACCCCAUUUCUUUCUUUUAAAACGCUACGAGAGUCCCCAGAAACUAGCACAGAGUCUAUUGAAACUGGUGGAAGGACCGACGGUUCAAGGAUUGGCCCAAUUAGAUCCAGGUAUUUGCGGACAUCAUUCCACAUAGGCGUUUUAGAAUGGGCCAGGAAUGUCGCUAACAGUUUCCAUUCUUCGCAAGACAAGAGGCGGGAUACGAGCGAGAUAUUCAACUUCAACGAAAGCUUUGUGCUCAAAGAGCCUAAGUUGGGGAACCUAAAUAGUAAGGCUGAUGCCCCGGUAGUACUGCUGAAACCAAAAGGAUCUAGUUGGGGCAGGAUAUGGCUCAACAAUUCUACCCGAGUUUUACUCUCAAACUGGUCCAAGAAAGAUACACCGCAGAAAGAUGAUAGGGCACAUCCCAGGAAGGUAACAAACAAGCCCGAAGAACAGGCAACCUUACCGAGACGGCAUUCUUAUUAUAGUAUAUCUUCCUUUUUGGGAAGAAAAUCGCAGAAGAAGGACCCCAUGUUAAAUACUUCCGUGUUUCUUCCCCGUCCUCAAGUUCCACACGUGAAGAAUUUUGUUUCGACUAACCAAGUAGAAGGAUAUGCUCAAGGAGGAGCAGACUAUUCAAUUGUACCUCUCGAGUCCGAGGAGUUUUUUGAUUCGGUUUCCAGAAAUGGAGAUCUCGCCCUCGAUAGUGGAACCUCCAAAGGACCCCAAUCUGCACCAAGCCAUGAGAAACUUCACCUGAUUAAAGAGAGGAUGAGAUUGAGCAUCUGGCCCGGAAAAAGAAAAACAGAGUCUUUACGGCUACGUGCUUUUCCUCCCCCCAAUCCGCCAAGUUACCCGGGCCCUGUAACUGGAGUGGUCUAA